GAUUUUUAAAAUACGAACAUGAGAAUAAAAUUCAGCACCACUAAAAAUAAACAACUGUGCACCUUUAUUCCAAGAUAAGUUUGCCACUUAACAUGAAAACAGUGAAUUAAUAUUUGUUCAGUGAAUAAAAAAGUGUAAAAAUGGGUUGCAGUACAAAUAAAUUUAUCUUAUACACAUUACUUGCAAUAACAUUGAGUUUGAUAUGUGAUUCUAAAGCAUUUCAACAAAAUAAAACUGCACAUCAUAUACGAAGGGCAUAUACGGACGACAGCUUUUUUAAGAAUCAAAAGCUACCUACGUAUCGCUCUUUUCAACCGAUAUCGGUUAAUUAUCACAAAGUAAAGUAUCCAAAAGUUGAAGACAGAGAUUAUGAGAUCAGUUCUUACGAUACUGAAUAUGGUGGAGUGGUUUCUAACUUUACGUCUUCCAUAUAUGAUGAUAACCCUCCACUUUAUCCGAAUCCAGAAGUUAUUGCAAGAAAUAACCAAGCACAAGUAAUCACGUUUAAUGAGAAUAAGAUGCCGGAGCCAGACGUAGAAGUGGCUGACGUGUCGUUUGCAGACGCUGAUCUUAAGGAACAUAAUAUAAUUGACAGUGUCACUUAUGUUUACGGGUUCCAAAACUGUCAUGACGUUAAAAACGAAUGGUUGGUUUUGAUAUAUGUUACAAGUGGGCUCGCAAUAGCAUUGCCCUUGGUAGCAAUAAUCUGGCUGAUGUGGAGCCAAUAUGCGGCAGAAUUCAGAAGCAAUAGCAAACUGUACCCGAUUGUAAUCAAUCUUUGCUGCUGUUUGGUAGCUUGUACACUGAUAUACAUACAGGCUGUUGUGGGGGCAUCUUCACAGUCACAAUGUGAGAGAAUCGCACUCGUUUUGCAUUACACUCAUAUAUCUUGCGCAAUGUGGAUAGUUGCUCUUGCCGCUGUGGUCACUGAGUAUUGCGUUUGUGACACCUUAUUGCCGUUAAAGUAUAUCUAUUUACUGGCUUACGGUAUUCCCGGUAUUAUUGUGAUGUUUAACUAUGCGUUAUCAAUGGAACAUUACGAAAUUAAGCAUUACUGCUGGAUGUCAAUAGAAAAAGGGAUGGUUAUGGGUUUCAUGGUACCGGUCACAAUCUUGAUUGUAAUAAAUACUGGAGUUAUUAUCGUGGGGUUGAAAAGCGUGAACCAAAAGCAUACGGAGAUGAUGACGGCUAAAAUACAAGAACUGGUAGAUCAUCAUUUUGCUAACUGGCCAAAGAAUGUAAGUGUCGAAGAAAAUGCAGUUGGUAGUUUGGAGAACAUGGAAAAUAUGUAUACUCCGGCUACUAGCCGCAAAAACACGGACAGCUCUGAUACUUUGGAAAAGGAAUACAAUUAUAAUGAGGAUGAUUGCAACUACGUGAAUAUUGGAUCGUCCAACAAUGAUAUUAAUGAAGGUGGAAGAGAGGCCAAUAUGGACAAAGGACUGCUAAACAUGCUUUAUAUGGACAACCUUUCAUCUAAAUGGAGCUGGAAUACAGAAGGCAACGAUCUAAAGACAUACCUUAAUUUAUGCCUUAUUUUGGAGCCAUUUUUCGCAAUUAACUGGAUGAUGGGAGUUGUUGCAAUUGAAAACGCUUCUCAUUGGUCAACUCCAACUAUAUAUCUCAUUCUGGUUCUGUCUAUGCACAUUUAUUUCGCGGCCACAAUUUCAACUACAUUGCCUAUCGUCCGUGACAAGACACCACCGGUACCUUGCUGUGAAGAAAUCGUUGUAGAACCAACCCUCACACGAUCUAGGACAACAGACAGCAUCCCACUUCUGGACCCUGGAAUACAGCAGGCCAUCGUAACUCCAGCACCGGCUGACACCAUAAGUACAAUCAGUAUUUAAAGCGAGAAAAGCUCCCAAUUGGGAAUAUCAGAGGAUUUAUUACACUGGCAACAUUCAAUGUUCAGUUACUAAACUCGAAAGCCUUUGGUGGCCAUAGUUUUUUGGCGGUAAUUCGAGUUUCAAGGAAAUUUCGUGGUUAAUAAAAUAUAAUAUAAGUUAAAGGAUUAUUCUAUGCUAACGCGUGCAUUGUAAACUGUAAAUAUAAAAAAAUAUUGGAGUUUUUCAUAAAAUAAUAACUGAUAUUCAAGUAUUUUACGGUAUUUCGACAUGGCGUUUAUGUUAAGGCGGUAGUUCGUUAAAAAUUUCAUACAAUGGAUAUUAAGUAUAUCACUACAUUUCUUUCAGAUACUUUCUGUAAAUGUAAACGUAUACAUAGUAGACGAUUAAUAUUGAUGAUGAAAUUUUCCUUCACGUAAACAGUAUUGUUUGUGUAAUAAAAAUAUUUAUAAAAACUAAAUCUAAAUAACUAUGCAUCAAAUUCAAUUGAUUUUUUCUGUCAGUAUCGUUUAAAGGCCGAUCACUAACCUCUAAAAUAGAGGUCAGUGACAGACUAAAAAUCGGUUAUUUUUAAUGCUGUGUGGCUGAUACUUAGCACAUUGAAAACGGAUCUAACUUAAGGUCAUAGCACACUUAUCAACUCGGAAAGUUAUCGGCACCGUAUUUACUCAAGCGUAGGCGGUGAAGCCAGAGGUGAUACAUUUUGGAUCCCUUUCCGAGAUGUGUGAGAUUGAACCUCUAACGUAAAAGAAUUAAGUUGCUUGACAAGUACUUUUUAAUAAGUUGCCCUUUAGAGCAUUUAACAAUGUUGUUGUUAAUGUAUAAUAACAUUAUAAACUUGAUCAAAGUUUUCAAUGAUUUUAUAUAAGUACAUACAAUAAGAAUAACUGUAGGUAACAACCUACAUAAAACGUACGGAAAAUCGAGACACAUUUGUCAAAGUUGGCCAAAUAUUGGAGUUACGGAAUUUGUACAUUUAAAUGACGGAGUUAGAUAUUUAGAGAGAUAUUUCAAUACAAUCAGAUUAAUCAGCCACUGUUUGAAAAAAUUUAAUUGUGACAGUAUUGGAAUUGUAUAGGAAUUUAUUACAUUUCUAAAAGUUACCUAUCUUCAAGUUUUAAUCAACAUUAUUGUAUUACUUACGGAGUUUUUGAAAAAAAAAACUUACCUAAAUAUAAAAAUCAUAAAAUCUUGGAUAUAACUUAUAAUAUAAAGUUUUAAACUUCUCUAAUAAAGCUGUCUGCGGUCGCAUGAACUGUUUCUGGAAAUUAACUUAAACAUCUAGUUAUGAUUGUUGUUCAAAUGAAAUUGAAAGUGAGUAAAAUUUGAGUUUUUGAAGAAAAUGUACUCAUUACCUACCAAUAUUUUAAUAACUUAACAAUUUAGGAGUCAGUAGUUAAGUAAUAAGUUGUAUUUCUUAAAUUGUAUUUUGUAGAAAUGAAUCAUUUCGCUGCGCGCGUCCGUAGCCGAGGCGUUUCCUUCACGUGUCCUAGACGUAAUAAUGAGUUUCGACCUUUCGUGUCCUAUUCAAAAAUAUUUAAAUUUAAUAUUUUUAAUAUUUUAUUUAUAUUUAAUAAAGAGUAGGUUUCCUUGUCAUUGACAAAUACUCACAUAUACCUACUGUGCUUAAUACAAAUAUGUAUCAACAAUUUGUGUAGGUAUAUAAUAUUGUUUUGGGUGAUAAAUAUGCUUCGACUAGUCUAAAUAGUCAAAGUAAAUAUGUUUGUGUGUGUGAAGUGUGGAUUGGCUUGAGGUUGAGUGCCAAAGAUUUAAUAUCUGAAUGACUGUGCAGUAAAUUCAAUCAAACACUUGUAUAUGAUUACAAUCAUGGACUUAUAUUUAACUAGACACCUACAUGUUGACUCGGUAGUAAUGUAAGGACAAUUUUAAAGAAAUAGCCAAUAGGUACGUCAAAUUGGCGCUUUGCACUUCUUAUUCUUAAUCUAUGAGGCGCGCUUGGAUUGGAUGGACGUCAUAUCGUAUCGUAUCUAGCUUAAUAGAAGUCCGUGAUUACAGUAACUAUACUAAAUCUAUAGAGCAGGAGUACUGUUUACUAACAAACAAAUUAGAAAUGAUGGUAGAAAAUGCAUGUCAUUUCAUAACUUUUUCAUUUUUUUUGAGUGUGAAAAUCAAUAGUGCAUGCAAGGGGAGAUAUUAUGUCUUCAAAUACAAAACUGGGAUAUCUCCUUUGUAGAUCGGAUCAAAUAUAUAAAAUACCUGGAUACACCACGAUUAAUUUUUAAUGAUCUGUGCUUAGAAUUUUAAAAUGGAAGAAAUUAGUUCCCUUUUUCCCGCAACAUGGCGUGGGUUUUCUGGUCGUUUUUCUGGUCAGACUAUACAAAACAAUGUUGUUUAGAACACUUAGGUAUAGUCGGAAACAAAAGUGACGCCUCCGCCUCCACACCCCUUUCGGUUUCUACAUCGUACCGGAACGCUAAAUCGCUUGGCGGUGCCAGUAGCGUGGCAACUAGCCACGGCCGAAGCCUCCCACCAGCCAGAUCUGGACAAUUAAGGAAACCUCAAUCAGUCCGUGCACACCACGGUGCCAUCGAUAUACCUACCGCGAUAACGUAAGGGACGGCGAUAUCACCCCGCGCGCGCCGCGUUUACUUUAUGUAUGACCUUCGCGUCGCUACCAUCUCAGCUCAUUUUGAAGACGUCAUAAAGAUUGCAUCCGACUAUACCGUACCGUUAAUAUGUCAAUCUCUUUUUAUUCAAUGUAUGUAUUUCUUUACCUAAAAUAUUUAUAUGUAUAAAAAUCUAUUUUCAUGAAUUUUGUAAUAAAUGCCAUCUAAUCGAGUAGAUUUGCUAAAAACGGCGUAAGUUCCUCUGAAGUUUGGUUGAGACCCUAUUGAUUCGUAUUGUAUAAGUACAAACUUUCCUAAUACUAUGAAGAGAUUAUGCAUUGAUAGAUUUUUCAUAAAAGUAACUUUUAUUUGUAAAGGUUAGCGCACAUCUACGCUGGCAACCGUUAUAUUUUUUUUUUCAUGGUAUACUCAUAGCGCCACAAACUUAUCUAAACCGGUGGCAGUCCUGAAUUAGCCUAUAAGCUAUUUAAACAAUUUCUUAGGGCAUCCCGAGAGGGGCAUCAGAGUCGACAGAGAAAAAAAACGAGCAUACGAAAGUGAAAGCAAUUUCAAAAUCCGUAUGUUUUUGAAAAUUUUUGAUCACUGAUUUAUAGAGGGCCCACAAAGAAAGAUUGCUUAGGGUAUCAAGUCACUUUAAUCCGGCACUACCCGGUGGCCAACGAUGGAAUGAACGCCGCGUCGUCGGUCGCCAUUAAAAAAAACAAUCUCACCGGUGUGAGUGAGAGAUAAGUUUGUGGUACGUACUGUUACUUCGUACCUAAUGUUGCCAGGAUUUGAAAUACACAUAUAUUAUUUUUUUUUAUUUUUACAUUAAUUUAGAAUGUUUUACUUCUAAUGAAAGCGGUUUAUAAUGUAUUAAAUAUACAUUUAGGUAGAUACAGUUUAUCUACCUGUUUAUUUGUAGAAUUUUUCUAGAAUGUGCGCUACACUUUACAAUUAAUAAUUAAUAAAAAAUAUUAUCAAAUAAUAUUUUAAAUUAUUGUUGUUAAAAAAAUAUAGUAGUCACAGUAAAUAUGUGAUAGUUAUGAUAGUUCGCUGUGAUAGCAUUGAAGUUGCCACAGAGUUUUAUUAAAUGUUUUCAUUACUUCAA